CGCAGUUUGUUUAAAUGUUCAAACAAACAGUUUGAAUGAAUAAUAUAAAUAUAUUAUUGAUUUUAAUUUAUCAUCAAUCAAUAUAUUGUUAACUGUGAUUAUUUAAAAUGACAUCUGAUAAAAAUAUAGCAACAAAUUUAAUUUUUAAAAGUGAUCAAAAUAUGAAUGAUAAAUCGUAUAGUUUAAAAAAUAAUAUUAAUAGUAAAUUUAGGAAUGAUAUUGUAUGGAAAAAUGUUGUUAUAUUUAUGACAUCUCAUUUAGCUGCAAUUUAUGGUGCUUAUCUACUUGUUACAUCAACUAAAAUUCCAACAAUAAUAUUUACUUAUUUUCUUCAUAUGUACAGUGGAUUCGGAAUAACGGCUGGUGCUCAUAGAUUAUGGUCACACAGAGCAUAUAAAGCAAGAUUUCCACUUCGAGUUUUAUUAAUGAUUCUCAAUACAAUAUCAUUUCAGAAUUCAAUUUGGGAAUGGUGUAGAGAUCACCGAGUGCAUCAUAAAUAUAGUGAGACUGAUGCUGAUCCUCAUAAUGCUAAAAGAGGAUUUUUUUUUUCUCAUGUUGGUUGGUUAUUAUUGAAAAAACAUCCAGAUGUCAAAGAAAAAGGUCGAGGAAUUGACAUGAGUGAUCUAGAUGCUGAUCCAGUUGUUGCUUUUCAAAAAAAAUAUUAUUUAUUUUUAAUGCCACUUUUUGCAUUUAUAUUGCCAACUGUUAUUCCAGUUUAUUUAUGGAAUGAAUCAUGGAAAAGUGCGUUUCUCGUUGCAAGUAUUUUUAGAUGGAUUUAUAAUUUAAAUGUAACGUGGCUAGUUAAUUCUGCGGCUCAUUUAUAUGGUGAUAAGCCUUAUGACAAGGGAAUUAAUCCAGCAGAAAAUUGGUGGGUCAGUUUUUUAACACGUGGCGAAGGUUUUCAUAAUUAUCAUCACACAUUUCCCUGGGAUUACAAAGCAGCUGAACUUCCAAUAUACACCUGUAAUUUAAGUUUAAAAUUUAUUGAUUUUUUUGCUAAAUUUGGAUGGGCCUAUGAUCUUAAAAGUGUAUCACCCGAUAUGAUUAAACGACGUGUUCAAAGAACUGGCGAUGGAAAUCACAAUGUAUGGGGAAACAAUGACAAGCAAAAAAAUAUUGAUUAAUUAUUAACUAAUCAAUCAAAAAAACAAAAAUUAUUAUAUUACUUACAACAGACUGUACAGUUAAUUUAUCUUUUAAUUUUAAUUAUUUAACUCAUAACUUUCUUGGUAUUAAUAAGAAAGUAAAAAAAAAAAAAAUAUUCAUAUCAUUAAACAAUUAUUUUAUUUUUCAUUAAUAAUAAUUUUACAAUAAAAAGAAAGAACAAAAAAAAAAAUUAAAAAAAUAUCAAUUAUUCAAUAAUUCAUUUCCUCAAUUUUUUUUCCAUUUAAAUAAAUCACCUUACAAUUUCCUGUUGUAUUAAUAAAUUUCAAAAAAUUAACG